UGUAGUGUAGGAUUUAUUUUUGGACUGGCUGGUUGUGAGAUGUUGUAGGAUUGUGUUGAUGCAGUGCAGGAAAAAGUUGGGAAAUGAUCACUCUCUGAAGUUGUCAAUGCGGACCGUACUCAUUUUGUGCGGCCACAAAGACCUUUGUGCGGGGGUAAGAAAUCAGUGCGGACUGCACUGAUGAUUUGACAAAAGUUGGGGUUCUCUGAAGUUUAUCACCGCGGCCGCAUUGCAUUUUGUGCGGUCUGUGGUGGUCCACUGCCGUCGCAUUACAUUUGGUGUGGUUCGCAGUGGUCAAUUUGUCAUUGCCCUAUGGUUUCAAGCACCGCGGACCGCGGUGUCAUUUUGUGCGGACCGUGGUGGGUAGACAAUGGUAAGAUCAAGAGGCAAAGGUGGUAAACAAACAGGAAGAGGAGAGUCCUCCCGGGGUAGGAAGCAAGCAAUGAUAAAAUUAACCCCACAAGCCUGACAAAAUAUAAAGAACACAAGGAAGAUCAUAAAAGCUGCAGAUAUGGCUAUUGACAAGUUGGGGAGUGAGUAUGAGCCCUCCCAAGAGGCAUCUUCAGAUUCCGUGCUAGAGUUUGUUCCUGACUGGCCGGAGAGGAACCGAUUGAGAGAUACACCUCCAGCAUCCCCCACUGCCCAAGCCUCAGUUCAUAUAUCCUCUGAGUCGCCUAAAGGCUCAGCUGAAGGCAGUAAGGAUGAGUACUCCACCUCUCCUACAGCUUCAUUAUCCGGAGAGGGUGCAGUAGCAGAAGAAGGGGAAGAAACAGAAGGGGGUGAGCCACAAGUUGGUGGGGUAGAGCGGACUAGGAACUCGGAGUCAUGGGAGGACCGGUUCGUUAAUGAAAUCGCCUACCACAAAUUCAGAGAGUGGUUGCUAGAAAAGAGGUUGAUAACUGAGAGAAAAAUUAUCUCCCGGGAUCUUUUGCCUCACAAUCCCAAUGUGCUGAGGUAAUUCAGAGAAUGAGCUGGAUGGGACUAUUUCAUAGGGCAGUGAAUGACUCCAAUGAGCACUUGGUGAAAGAAUUCUACACCAACAUGGCCCACAUCAAAAAGGGUACCACGGUCACCAAAGUGCGGAAUCAGAAAGUGAAGACACGGAGGAGGAUGAGUCCCUGUACUUGGACAAAAUGAAGUUGUGUGAAGAAGCUCGUCCGUGGUUAGCGGAGUACUUGGUAAAUCCCAGGUACCACCCCCGAGUGGUUGACUGCGGGGGUGAAGAUAUUGAGGAGGACAUUGAACUUCGAGGCGAAGGGGUGGGAGACAUUUGUGUGCAGCAGGCUAGAUCCUACCACCCAUGACAACUCACUCCCAAUUCACCGGGCGAUCUAUCAAUCAUGGCGGGGUACCCGAUCAAUGUCGGGAAUAUGAUGCCCGGGUCAUUACACGGGUAGUGAAUGAGGGUGACAGGUCUUAACCAUUCCCCAACUUCCUGACCAUGUACCUGAAGGACCAAAAUGUGGAAAAGUGCAGAUUUGACGUGAAAAUGAAGGCAAAUGCACCUUUCUCGUGCUAUAGCCUACAGGGUGAUGACAACCAUAAGGGCACUUCAAGGAAAAAUCCACUGCUUCAACUGGCCAGUCUGAAGAGCCAGUAGUGGUAGUGACUACUCCGCAGCCUCCCUCCACUUCAGCAGACAUGGCCCCAGGUCCAUUUCCACAGAUCCAGAGAUACCUUCCACCACUGCGUAUCCAUUGACUGCCCACCGUCUUAGCCAGGCCCUCACCAGCAUCAACAACUAUAUGCAGACAACUACUUCUAAGUUGUCUGUAUUAUCUACUACUGUGAAAGCUCAGUCAACAACUCCUCCUCCACAGGUCCCACAGUCCAUUGAUGACACUCUCAAGGAUCUUCUGGACAACUAGAAGAAGAUCCUUAAGAACCAAAAAUUGCUCACGGACUCUGUUGAUUCAUACAGAAAGGCUCUCAAGGAGCUUGCUAGGGAGGCAAAGAAGAUGAGGAAGACUCGGGCUUCCAAAGAGUCAGUGAAGGAGUUACGGGUCAAGGUUGAGAGAUUGAAGGCGGAUCACCUUUGGAUUUGCUACUCCAUGACCCAGCACCAGCAGCUCAUCCCCAUCCAGAGUAGUCCGGGAGGCCUCCUAAGAGGAAGAAAGUGAUCCCCUAGUCCGAUGAUGCAGUCAUUCAGUUGGCGGACCCACCAGAGGAUGCCUCCAGCCAGCUCCAGGAUGUAGCCCAGGAGCCAGUCCAGGUUCAGGCUCAGGUCCCAGCAGUAUAAGGAGCCAGUCACAGGUUCCUGAGCAUACAGGGGACCCGGGGACCACAGAGGAUCCCAUGCAGACGGACGACCCAUAGGGAGUUUCUUUUUCCCCUUUCCUAUAUUUUUGUGC